CCUCCUGCAACCCCCCCCCCAGUGCCGAGACCUCGUGGGGGGGGGGGGGCGUCCUAAUUACUGCUCUGCUUUCCGCUCCUACUUCAGGCCCGGUUUGCCGCUCUGCUUUCUGGUCCCUACUCGGGGCCCGAGCUGCUGCUCUGCUUUCUGCUUCCCGCCCACAGCCUCAUGCCCAGUCGGUAGCUCUGUUUUCCGCUCGCUGACCUGCGCUGCUGCGCUGCUUUCUGUUCCCCGCCCUGCGCCCCAUGCCCGAUUCGCUGCUCUGCUUUCUGCUCCUUGCCUUUGUGUCUGCUCCGCUGCUCUGCUUUCUGCUUCCCGCCCCUCCCGGCCUGCCCUUUCGCUGAACAAAACCGGGGCGAGGGGGACGAUCUCGGUGCCUCGUCUCUUGUCGUUGUAAUUUAAAUCCCAGGCGCGGGCCGGGCCGUCCCGACGCGAGUCCAGAGGGAAAGGCGCGAGCGACUUGGUAGAAACCGAGUCUUUGCAAAGUGAUUUUUCGUUCAAUUUUUUAAAAUACACUAAAAGAAAAGGGGGGGGGGGGCUGAUCCUGCGCGCUGGCUGCGCUGGGCCCCUUUCACCCCGGCGGCCGCCAGCGCGGCUGCGAGUCGCGACUUUGCCCCUAUGAAAUCCCUGCUAAAUUUGGUCCGGCGUGCCAGGCGCGCGCGCGAGGAUGUCACGGUCAAUUUUGCUCCAGCCUUGGUUUUGUACAAACAAAUAAGCAGUGGAACCGUUCCCAAUUUUAGUCCCGGUGUUUAAACAGAGGAUGACUUUAAACAGCCCGGUGGCCGCAGCGAAACAUUGUCGCCUUGUGCCCGAGUACCAGGAACUGAAAUGGGCUGAAAGUAAAACCAACAAGGCUCCCUUUAUUACGGAGAAAAACGCAGGCAGUGAGCAGCAGAGAUGAUGAAAGGCGCAGCGGAUUUUUAAAACGCAGUUUGUCUCGUGUAAGGUUUGGGUUAGCGGUUCAUAAAUGUAUCUUUUUCCUUUGAGCGCUCCUUUCAUCUGAAGGAAUACUGCAAGGCAGCGGAGGUGCCCGGAUCGUUGCUUUAGAAGCUGAAACAGGAAUCCUGACAGGAGUCCUGUGCGGCCGGAACCCGCUUGCCAGAGCGCGAGGGGCCGAUGCCGCGAGUGCCUGCUACCCCCUGGCGGCGAGUGGCGAGCACCGCCGUUUGUACAGAUCUGUCCUAAUUCAUAUUUUCAUUUCCAUGAUUUAUUUUACAUGCAUUUUUAUUAGCGCUUAUGCCUGGUUUGAUAGCCUAGUUUUCAUGGCUGGGGAAAGAGAAUUAAUUUCUGAAGACAGGGCUGGUUAGACGUGUUAGACGCGGAGAGAAAUGCGUCCUGAAUGCUGUAUAAGAUCUGAAUUCUUUUCAUAAUGAUUUGUUAGUUUAUCUCUGCUCUUUAUUCUCCCUGUCCUGUCUACCCAGGUGUUUUGUGAGCAGGUCGUGAUGGUGCUUUUUUGUAGAAAGACGUUCUUGUCCUGCGCUCCCUGCCGACGUGGUGGGUAUGAGUUGCAGCUCUUUCUGCACUUCUGAUAUCGGGUGUGCAGUGUACGACAGGAGCAGGUUUCUUACUGUUUGAUUUGAACCUUCCUGACAAAUUCAUUGCAGGAUUUUUACAGCAUCUAAAGUGCUCAGACUUUUUUUGCUGCCUUUGUUCUGCGAGAUUUGGUAGGAUUUAGAGUUGGGUUGAAGCGCCCCCCAUUUCUGCCUAGGAGAAAAACAGUACAUCUUCCUGACGCGGUACUCUGCGCCCUGUGUUAACUACUUUGUCCAGAAGAAGGGGACAGAGCAAAAUCAAACGUGUUGGUGUGUGAGAAAAGAGGAACUGGAAUCCACUGGCUAAAGCCUGGAACCAGACCUCAGCAACUUUGGGCUCAGUUUUGCCAUGGCCCUGCUGGGUAUCCUUGGGCAGGUUCCUCGGUUUUCCCCACCUGUGAAAUGGAAAUGGAGAAGUGUUGUCAUCCCUCAAGGUGCUCUGAGGCCAAAUUGAUGAUAACUGAAGCACUUGUAGAGUUCUCUGUGGGUUUUAUAACAACUGGACCAGCACAGGAGCGUGCUGCGCUACGCUGUCAGAACUUAAGGGACACUUGGGGCUUCUGUUUUUCAAAGCAAGAAGCAGCCAGGGGCUACAGGGCCAAGGGAGAAAGCAUGGUGUCAUUGAAAACAGCAUAACGGAUCUAGAGGCUGCUUGCUCUGUAGCUGGCCCACAGACGCUGAAAGCAUCACGGCUGCCUUGGAAAUGUCAGUCCAGAGUGGCAAAGUGUGAAUAAAUCUUUAAGUCACCUCCUCAAACUGGCUCAUUUCCUCCAGUUAAGGUCUGGGAGGUAGAGAGUUCCUGUAGCCACGCAGAUGCCCUCACUCUAGUGAAUACGGCCCUCUGCCAAACUGUUGGAGACGCACGGAGACGGUGCUCUCUAAUGUCGUAUCAGGUAAAUUGAGUUUUCUGUCCUGUGCAGGGCCCGAGCGCUAAGUACGAGGAGCGUGCGGCAGGCGAGUGAGGGAGUGGGCAGCGAGUUUGGUGCUAGCGAGGUGUGGGCUUGACAGGCCUGAAGGAGUCUGCUUUCCCUCGCAGCCGUUUCCUUGCUGCUCUCUGUGUCUCAGCCCUGCCCGGAGAGCACCCUGUUGGGAAGAGAGAAGCUAGCGGGCUUUGUGUCUGUUUUAUAGCUAAAUCCAGCAAACCUCGUAUGUGCGUGCUUAACUGCAAACCUUUACUUUAGGUCUUCCCGUUUCAGCAAAAUGUCUGUUUGAAACUCGGGAUUUUACAUGCUUUGCUGAACUGGGGCUUGAGCCAUUGCCUUUUCAACUGAGACAACCACCAAGGAGGCUUUUGAUGUCUGUGCUUGCCCAGUGUCAAAAACCGGAGAGAGGAUUUCUUCCAUGGAAAGCAUCGGUGACCCGUCACGGAGGUCAGAAUGCAGCUGCUGAAAAGACGAGAGCCCUACCUUCGAGAAGUGCUGCGGUUUGCGGUGUGGUGCAGAGCCCUGACACUCCUGCUCCAGGCCCUGUUUAACCUCCUGGUCCCGGACCACGCUGCAGACGCCUUCUCUCCACCCCGCCUGUCUGAGCCCAGCGUCUGCGACUGGCUGUUGGAGUGGCUGUUGGGAGGCUUGUCACACUGGGAUGCAGAGCACUUCUUGUUCGUAGCUGAGCAUGGCUAUGUGUAUGAGCACAACUUUGCCUUCUUCCCCGUGUACCCCCUGAGCAUACGAGCGGUGGCAGAGGUCACUCUGUGGCCCCUGCAGGGGCUGCUCUGCCUACGGAGCCGCCUGCUCCUGUCAGCUGUACUUUUAAACGCCCUCUUCUCUGUCCUGGCAGCUGUUGUCCUCUACGAGCUGGGCUGCGUGGUGCUGCAGUGUCGCAGGACAGCCUUCCUCUCUGCCCUCCUCUUCUGCCUCACCCCAGCCAAUGUGUUCAUGACAGCCGCCUACUCGGAAAGCAUGUUUGCCCUCUUGGCGUUCAGUGCCAUGUGGCAGCUGGAGAAGGGGCGUAGCUGGACCAGCGGACUGCUUUUCUCCUUUGCUGCUGGCGUGCGCUCCAACGGGGUGAUCAAUGCUGGCUUCCUGCUCUAUUCCCAGAGCAGACGCCUUGCCUUCCAGCUCCAAGCUGGUGCGGGGUCUGUCAUGAAACAGGCUCAGGUCUGGAGGCAACUUCUCGGCUUGGCAGCCUCAGUAGUUCUGACGUGUGCUGGCCUCUUUUUACCUCCUGCUUUGUUUCAGUUCUAUGCUUACUUGAGAUUCUGUGACCCUGAUGUCAGCCCUGAACGCGCUGUUCCCCAGCCGCUGUUGCAGCUGGCCGUGGACAAAGGGUAUCGCCUAGCAAGCAUGACUGGGGUGAAACCUGCUUGGUGCUCCCACCAGGUUCCUAUGAUCUAUUCUUACAUUCAAGACGUUUACUGGAACGUGGGCUUUCUGCGAUACUUUCAGCUGAAACAGAUCCCCAACUUCCUGCUAGCUGCUCCCAUCAUGAUGCUGAGCGCUUGGGCUGCCGGCAUCUACCUCACUGCCAAUCUCCAGCACUGCUUAACACUUGGCCUGGUGAGGAGAAGGAAUAAAAGCGGGGGAGGAGAGGGCGCUGCUAAGCCAGGGGUUGGAUUUUGCUCCUCUGGUGUCUUCGUAUACGUGGUCCACGCCACUGCUCUCUUGGUAUUCGGACUCCUCUGCAUGCACGUGCAGGUCCUAACGCGGCUCCUAGGCUCGUCCUCCCCGGUGCUGUACUGGUUCUCUGCUCACCUGCUCCAGGACAGCGACGCCGUGCUGUGGCGAGAAGGGGAUCCCACCCAGACUGCAGCUUCCCUCUCCGAGAGGCCCUGUCUGGGCAGCGCUCUUCUGGGGUUGUUUGGAGCGGGGGUUUCUGAAAACCCCCUUCCGCCAUUACUGCUGAAUUACAGAAGGAAUACCGCCCUGACCAAAUGCGUUCUGGGGUACUUCCUGUCCUUCUGGCUCCUGGGACUGAUCCUGCAUUGCAACUUCUUGCCUUGGACGUAGCUAGAGAUUGUGUGUGCACGUGCAUUUGGGACCGACUUCCCAAGAGGAGCAGAAUUGCUGCUCCGAGUUGUGACUCGCUUUUGACCUUGACGUAAGGGAACUGAAGCUGUUGUCUUUGUUGAGUACAAAGUUACACAGAGCCACCGGUACGUGCACGUUCCUCAAACAGCCGUGCUCGUUUUUGUAACCCCAGUCCAUCCUUAUUCCAGCCCUCCUUUCUCUCCUUUCUCAUUGUCACCGCUCAGCUCGUGGCCAAAAUCUGGUUUGUAAACUCUCUGGGGCAGGUAACGUGUCUUUAAUUCUUCCAUCUUCUGUGCAGCACUUUACCAUAAUGAAUAGGUAUCCGAUGACACGAGUGGGAAGCCCACUGCUGUCCGAGGAGCCCUAUAGCCAACGUGUCUGCCUACAAAAUAAAGAUCCUGAGAAACUCAA